UGGCGAACAUGGCGCUCGUCCCCUGCCAGGUGCUGCGGGUGGCCAUUCUGCUGUCCUACUGCUCUAUCUUGUGUAACUACAAGGCCAUCGAAAUGCCCUCGCAUCAGACCUACGGAGGGAGCUGGAAAUUCCUGACGUUCAUUGAUCUGGUUAUCCAAGCUGUCUUCUUCGGGAUCUGUGUACUGACGGACCUUUCUAGUCUUCUGACAAGAGGGAGUGGGAACCAAGAGCAAGAAAGGCAGCUAAAGAAGCUCAUCUCUCUCCGGGACUGGAUCCUGGCUGUACUGGCCUUUCCUGUUGGGGUUUUUGUUGUAGCGGUAUUCUGGAUCAUUUACGCCUAUGACAGAGAGAUGAUUUACCCGAAGUUGCUUGAUAAUUUCAUCCCAGGGUGGCUGAAUCACGGAAUGCACACAACGGUCUUGCCUUUCAUAUUAAUCGAGAUGAGGACGUCGCACCAUCAGUACCCCAGCAGGAGCAGCGGCCUCCCCGCCAUAUGUACCUUCUCUGUUGGCUAUAUAUUAUGGGUGUGUUGGAUACAUCAUGUGACUGGGAUGUGGGUCUACCCUUUCCUGGAACAUAUCGGCUCGGGAGCCAGAAUCAUCUUCUUUGGGUCCACAACCAUCUUAAUGAACCUUUUGUACCUGCUGGGAGAAGUUCUGAACAACUACAUCUGGGACACACAGAGAAGUAUGGAAGAAGAGAAGGAGAAACCUAAAUUGGAAUGAGACUAGAAGUCUAAGCGGAAGAACUGGAUGGAGCCACUCAUGAAACGCUCGCCCCUGGACAUUGGCAGGGCCGGAGAGCAGUUGUCAAGAAAGCAGUAGUGUUGUCGUCAUCCAUCUCCCUGUCUCUGCCCCCAAAGAAGGACUAUGAAUAUAUAUGAUAAAAUACAUUUCUAUCUGUCGGUUGUUUCCAAAAUAACUUGCCCUCGUAUUUUCAAGAAGUCUCUCCAUAUUCAUUGCUGAUAAUAACUUUUUUUCUCCUAGUUUUUAAAACUAAAAUUGAUCUUUGGAUUUAAAUUCUUUUGCAAUUGUAACACUAUUUAAUCAAGGGAGAAUAAAAGUUUAUGCUAUGCUUGUUCAGAAAACCAUUCAAAUCAAAGGGGUAGGUAUAGGGCUUAAGGACAGCUUUUAUAAUGAACCUAGGCCACAGUGUAAAUUUGAGAGGAAACAUGAUUGAUUUUUCUACUGCAGUAAUAUCACCGUUGCCUCCAUAGAGCUCUGUUACAGUGGUAUCAGUUUAAUCAAAACUUUGAUAGUAUAAGUAUCUGGAUCUCAUGAUUGAAUAUUGUGAAACUUUUCCUAGAUGCAAGCUACAACUUUAUGACAGACAAACCAAGCACUAAUGAGAUAACUUCCUGGUGCAUUUCAAAAUCCUAACAGCAUUGAUGUCUCCAUUCCUAUUUUGUUUCUGCUACCCAUUGGUGAUGGGUUUUCUAACGCAGAUUCAUUUCUAUAAUGUUCUCAUCUUAAAACUGAAUAUCUUAUGACAACCUUUAAAGCAGCUUUUUUUGAGGGGGGUGGGAAGCUAAUUUGCAAAGUUUGGCAAGAAUUGUGCUAAAGUAGAAAAUAGGAUGUUAUUUAAAUCAGAAAUAUUAAUGUGAACAUGGCUGUUUACUCUCCUUGCUGAUAGAGAUGAAAAUAAUCUUAAAUAGUCCAUGGAUGGCCAGAAGAAUGACAAGCUUUUGGUGGAUGAAGUACAGUCCAGGUGCUCCUUAAAAGUGAUCAUGGAAAGGCUUACACUGCUGGGCUUUGGACGUAUUAUCCGAAGGGACCGGUCCCUAAAGAAGGGAGGGCUGGCUAAGGAACAACCAAAAAAGGGGGGGACCGGCCCAGGGGCUGACCCGCAGAAUCUGAGGGUGGAGCCAGACCGGGCGUUGCUUGUCUGUUGUACAUAAUGUCACUCUGAGUGGAGACUGGCUUGAGAACACUUAACAAUAAAUACCAGAAUCGCGACCAACUCAUUAAAACUGUUGUUAUAUUUCA